AUGGAACCAGCAUCAAAAAAGACGAAACUUGAGGAAUUGUCUAAGUUCGGCAGUAAAUAUUAUCCAUACGACAUUGAUAAUAAAACAAUUAUAUCUAAAUAUAUCAAACGAGAAGAUUUAAAACCAAUUAAUGUCUUGGAGGCGAAAUUAAACGAUACUAGAGCGAAUAGAAAUAAUAUUGAUGUUGGUGACAGCAUUGCACACCUAUUCUUGCGUGAUUUUAGGACGAUAGAUAAUAAAGGGCUUUCAAUUGCGAGUGAACUAGCGACUACAACGAAAACGCCUUUAAUCACAUUUCACAUCUUUUGCUUGGAAGAGUUCGAUGCACAUUCAGUGAGUCCAUUUAAAUUGGAAUAUAUGUUAGGAUCAUUAGACGUAUUGAAAAAAGAUUUGCGUGAGAUGAAUAUCCCGUUGGUGUCUUUACAAGUUGAGAAGCGUAAAGACGUACCAACAAAGAUAGCUGAAUUUCUAGAACAGAAUAAUACUAGCCAUGUAUUUUGCAAUAUGGAAUACGAAGUAGAUGAAUUAAGAUUAUUAUCUAAGCUUGUUUGUUUUCUUCUUGAUAAACAUAUCAGUUUCAAUCCGGUUCAUGACUCAUGCAUAGUAAAGCCCGGUGAAUUAAAGACAAAAUCGAAAGGUACACAAUAUGCGGUCUUUACACCUUGGUAUAAGGCUUGGUGUAAUUAUUUGAAAAUUGAAGACGCUCCGUUCAUGGAGUAUCCACGACCUCAUGCCAAUGAAUCAUUCUCGGACCCUAACAAGUUAUUUGAUAGCGAGAUACCUCAAGUACCAGAGUCGAAGCGUCUCACCCAUGAUCAACAAAAAGAAUUUGACACAUGCUGGAAAUGUGGUGAGCAUGAGGCAUGGCUGGCUCUAAGUGUUUUCCUUGAGUCCGAUAAAUUUAAGAAAUAUGAUGAAUCAAGAAAUGAAAUAUCGGAAGAAUCUGUAUCGCGUAUGAGCUGUCCUAUUUCUUCGGGAAUCAUAUCUACAAGGUCAAUAAUCAGAUACAUUUUAGAAAAUAAAUUCGUGAAGAAAAUUGAUAGCGGAGAACAAGGAACAGGAUGGAUUCGUCAAAUUGCGUGGAGAGAUUUUUAUAGGCAUAUAUUAUGCAACUGGCCAUAUGUUUGCAUGUUCAAACCCUUUUUGUUGGAGUAUGAUGAUUUAAAUUGGGAGUAUAAUAGCGAUCAUUUCUACAAAUGGUGCCAGGGUAAAACUGGAUUUCCAAUUGUUGAUGCGGCAAUGAGGCAACUAAAUCAAACAGGCUAUCUACACAACAGAUGUAGAAUGAUAGUUGCGAGUUUCCUUUCCAAACAUUUAUUGAUAGAUUGGAAAUAUGGCGAGUAUUAUUUUAUGGAACACCUUAUUGACGGGGACUUUGCUUCUAAUAAUGGUGGCUGGGGUUUUAGCUCAAGCACUGGUGUUGACCCUCAACCAUACUUUCGAAUUUUUAACCCUUGGCUUCAAUCGGAAAGGUUUGACAAAAAGGGUACGUAUAUCAGGACGUGGGUCCCAGAGUUGAAAGAUAUACAAGAUGAAAAGGGUAUACACAAUCCGUACGAAAAGGGCUAUGGUCAUAUUGCAGAAAAAAACGGUUAUCCAAAGCCUAUUGUUGACCAUAAAUACUGUCGGGAGCGAGCGUUGAAUAGAUUUAAGGAUGCCAAAUACUAA